AUGAUAGAUAAUAGAGGGACGUUUGGCCAAGCAAAUGUGUUUGGCUUGAGCACGCAUGGUUUUAAGCUGCCCCGCAACUCAUUGCAGCCAGUGAAAUCAGAAUUAUUACCCACUGUCAAAAAACUUCAACCUGGAGGAAAAUACGUCCGUCCGUACUUUAAUCUCAGAGCUCAGUCUAUCCUUCUUACCCAAUUCAAUGAAGCUCUUGAAAAGCCUAUCAAAGAAGAAACUCCUGAAGAAUUCGAACAGAGGAAAACCAUUCAAAAGUUCAUUAGAAUGCUACUUAAUGCUCAUUUAGGAUCUAUUCUAGAGGUUUCUUAUCAAGUUACAACUGAACUCACAAGUUUUUUAUCCAAAAAUCAGAUUUUCCCUUCAAUUUCUAGGGCCGCUUCGAUAUUAUUAAAAGCAGCUCUAUCCAUCAGAAAGAUUUCCAACUACCUUGAUGCCAAAACCAAAGAAGAUAACGAGAUCAUUCCUUGUCAUAGUGAAAACGACAUGAACGAAAUACUUUUGAAGAAUCCAGCAAAGGACAAUUGCAUCAUUUGUAGGAUAUGCAAUGAAUUAGUUCAAAGUGACGACAUCGAAAAUCACAUGAUUUACUGUGUCAAAGGUUAUAAAAGUGAAGAAUGCAGAAACAGGAUAUACAAUGAGAUCAAAUGCUUCAUUAACGAGGUAGAUAAUAAGCUUUUACACAUUCCAUGGCCUGCUUCUCAAAAUGAGAUGAUCGACCACUAUCUUCCACUUCUACAUGCCUCAGCAACCCUUAAGCAUAUUCUAGAAUUAAAUCUCACCGAUCAAAACUCAAAAGAAGAAUUAUCCAGAAGAAAACUUGCGUUAAAGCGCAUUCAUUGUGACAAGCCUGCACUAGAAAUAGUUAAGAGAGCCAUCUUUUUGGUUAAGGAAUGCGUAAGAGUAAACAACGCCAUUAAAAUUGCCAUGAACGGAUUAAAAGCAACUCGCGCUUCAAGAAAGGGAUCGAUUACAUCUAACUCAAAGAUAACGAUUGCUGACUUCGAAUUCGUCAAAAGGAUUUCCAGUGGCGCAUUUGCAACGGUUUUUAUCGCCAAAAAGAAACUUACAGGCGACAUCUACGCGAUCAAGGCUAUUCCAAAGACAGUCUUCCAACAGAAAAACCAGACAAGCAGAAUUCUCAAAGAACGUGAUAUUCUCCUCGAAAUUUCAAACCCUUACGUUGUCACUUUUUAUUACAGUAUUAUUAGUGACAAAAAUCUUUAUUUAGUUACAGAAUUUGUACCUGGAGGAGAUCUGUAUUCAGUUCUCCAAAUGUUUGGCGCUUUUGACGAAGAAUCUGCGAAAAUAUAUUUAUAUCAAAUCCUCCAAGCACUCAAAUACAUACACGGUAACGGUAUUAUCCACAGAGAUCUCAAGCCAGAUAAUAUCCUCGUCACAGCUGAAGGAACCCUCAAACUGACAGAUUUUGGAUUAUCAUCUCAAGGUUGUGUCAAUCGUCAGGUCAACCAGGAGAUAGAGGAAGCAGAUACAUGCGAAAUUGUUGGCACGUUGGACUACAUGGCUCCAGAAGUUUUGUUGAAUCAGCCACAUACUUUUGCUGUUGACUUUUGGUCGCUCGGCUGCAUGCUCUUCGAGUUCCUUACAGGUGUCCCUCCUUUCCAUGCCGAAACAGAAGAAGAAACAACUCAGAAUAUUCUGACAUCGAAAGUUGAGUUCUACGAAGAAGACGAAAUCACAAACGAGGCACGCGAUCUCAUUAUCAGGCUUCUCGAGCCAAAUCCAGAAAAGAGACUCGGUUCAAAGUCAAUUGACGAAAUUUUCAACCACCCGUGGUUGAAGAACGUUGACACGUCCGAUCCACCUUUCGUUCCACAGAGAUUGGAUGCUACGGAUACAAGAUUCUUCGAGGAACGUUACAGAUUAAGUCCAGUAGAAGAUAAAGACAUUCUACACGAUAUGGAGCUCGCAAAAGAAGGAAAAUGCUCCAAUGAUAGACUUGAUUUGGCCGGUUUUCAAACACUCAGCGUUGAAAACUUGAUGGAGCAAAAUCUUUCUGAAGUAAGGAAGAUUAAGAAAGCUAACUCAACUCCAAAUGAUUCUCCACUUCUCUUGAAGGAAGUGGUACCUUUCCCAGAUGAAUCAAUUAUACAAUCGGAUUAA